GCGGGCGGCGGGCAGGGCGGCGCGGCCCCAGGUGAACGCCCGCAGCACCUCGGGCACCGCUCGGCCGCCGGAGAAGGAGGGGAAAAGGCGAGCGGGGCCGCCCGCUCAUCUCUCCGUGCCGGGAGGGCUGUUUGGAGAGAUCUCGGGAGCCGUUCCGAGGGGCCGAUAUAGAUAUAAGGACAUUUCUACAUUGCGUCACGUGACAUAAUUACCACUAGAAUCAAUCAAGAUGAAUUGCACGUCAGCACACGGUGGGGAUUUUUUCUUAGUUGAUCCUGUCCAAAGCCUCUUGUGCAAUAGAUGGAUCUCGUUCAAUGCAUUGAAGCCUCCCGGUCGCUCGCAAUCGCGAAAAGGAAGACAUGACCGAGUUUGACGAUUGCAGUCACGGCGCAUCCAAUAUGUAUCUGCCAGGGUGCGCUUAUUACGUCUCGCCCUCAGACUUCUCGACGAAACCCUCUUUUUUGUCGCAAUCGUCUUCCUGUCAAAUGACUUUUCCUUAUUCUUCUAAUUUACCUCAUGUCCAACCUGUGCGCGAAGUGGCAUUCAGGGAAUACGGAUUAGAGCGCAGCAAAUGGCAGUACAGGGGCAGUUACGCUCCCUAUUACUCAGCUGAAGAGGUGAUGCACAGGGACUUUCUGCAGCCCGCGAACAGGAGGACGGAAAUGUUAUUCAAAACGGACCCCGUGUGCGGCCACCACGGAGCGUCCCCCGCCGCCUCCAACUUCUACAGCUCGGUGGGGAGGAACGGCAUCCUGCCGCAGGGCUUCGACCAGUUCUACGAGCCGGCCCCCGCUCCCCCGUACCAGCAGCAGUCCGAGGGCGAGGGGGACGCGGACAAGGGCGACCUGAAGCCCCAGCACAGCGCCUGCAGCAAGGCACCUUCCAGCCAGGAGAAGAAAGUGACAACGGCGAGCGGAGCCGCUUCCCCUCCCGGUGAGGCUGUUGCAGAGAAGAGCAACAGUUCAGCAGUUCCUCAGCGAUCGAGGAAAAAGAGGUGUCCCUAUACCAAAUAUCAGAUAAGAGAACUGGAACGUGAGUUUUUCUUCAACGUGUACAUAAACAAAGAGAAAAGACUGCAGUUGUCCAGAAUGCUCAACCUCACUGACCGGCAAGUCAAAAUCUGGUUCCAGAAUCGAAGGAUGAAAGAAAAGAAACUGAACAGAGAUCGACUCCAAUAUUUCACUGGAAAUCCCUUGUUUUGAGGAAAAAAAAAGAAAAGAAAAGAAAAAAAAAGAAAAAAAUUCAAGGAAAAAAAUUUUUAAAAAAUCGAGAGAGAAAGAGAAAACGAAGAAAGAAGAAGAAAAAAAGAAUCCCUCAGUCAGUCUGACCUGCCAUCCGAAUGCAAAGUGAAUGGGUUUACAUGACACAGCCACCCGGCGGAACUCAAAGUUUCAUUUCCAUGUGCAGCUCUACACGCUGAAUGGCCACUGGAGAUUUCGGGGCUUGGCGGAGCAGAUUCCUGCUAAGGGAACCUGGGGUAAAUCCAGCUGUUCAUUCUCAAGUGGUUCUCGCCAAAGGUGCUAUCUUUUUCCUCUCCCACAGUACCAGCAAUGGACCUGCAGUGUGUCUGGUAGUUUUUGCUUACAAUUCAUUGAGUUCGGGGGGGGCUAUGUUGUUGCUUUUGAGCUAGGGUAACACUUUCCUCCCUUUAAGUGAAUGCGGUUUAUUUAAGAGAUGGUAAAUGUACGUUCGCUAUAUAUAAAAUAUAUAUAUAUAUGUUUCUAUUGUCAUCCAAAAGCAUGGGCCACUGUCUUUUUCAUGUGAAUAAAUGGUUUCUAGUAAAGUUAAGGUUAUAACUUC